AUGCUACAGAAAUUAACUGAUAAAACUUCUUCGUCCUCAUCAUCAUCAAUGAAUACAACGAUAAAUACUACUUUUUAUACGAAUAUUAGUAGUAGUACAGGUAAUAUUACUACAAAUAAUAAUAAUGAGAUGCAAAUGUAUCAUUUUUAUGCAUUUAAUUGUUCAAAUUGUACUAUUCAUCAUAUCGAAAUGCCAAUGAUAACUGAAAUGUCUGAUUGUUUAAACAAUUUGGAUUGUUUACGUGAAAUUCAUAAUUAUAGUCUUUGUUUUGAUCAUGAGUGUAUGCACAAUUGA